CUCAGUCCUCAAAUUGUGCUCUGACCGACGGGACGGAGCAGACGAAGAACUGCCAUGGCAUGAAUUUGCACCAGGACGCACAAGGAGAUCUUCAGCUGGACUGGAGUCACACCACCUAAAAGGGAAAAGAAACGGUGAAGGGAAUAAAUAACCUGCAGAUAACCUCAGAGGGAAAAAGAGAGGAUCCCAGCAGAAGAGGAAAAAGGGGGACGCUGACCUUUUGACCCUACAAACGUUGACCAGUGACUUACGUCAUCAUGGACACAGACAUAGAUAUGCACAAAGGCUCCUCACAGCAUCAUGACACAGAGUUAUUCUCAUCUGAAGAAGACAGCAGUCUCUACUUCACCUACAGUGGAGAGUGCAAUGAGCUGGAGGUCAACAACCUUCACUAUGAGGUGGACACAGCAGCUCAGAUCCCCUGGUAUGAGAGAUUGUCUGAGUUCAAGCUGCCGUGGGAGGUCAAAGGAAACAAGCAGACGGCCAUCAACAAACUCAGCCUCCGAGUCCGCAGCGGUCAGAUGCUGGCCCUCAUCGGCAGCUCAGGUUGUGGUAAAACAUCUUUGCUGGACAUAAUAACAUGUCGGGAUGAGGGUGGCACAAUGACGACCGGCCAGAUUCUGAUUAAUGGGAAGCCCAACACGCCACAGCUGGUGAAGAAAAGCAUUGCCCACGUCCGCCAAGAUGACCGCCUUCUUCCUCACCUCACUGUCCGCGAGACUCUUGUCUUUGUUGCCAAACUGAGGCUCCCCACCCACUUCACACAGGCUCAGAGGGACCAGAGGGUGGAUGAUGUUAUCGCCGAACUGCGGCUGCGACAGUGUGCACACACCAGGGUGGGGAACGACUAUGUGAGGGGUGUUUCUGGAGGAGAGAGGAGGAGAGUCAGUAUAGCGGUCCAGCUCCUCUGGAACCCUGGUAUUUUGAUCCUGGACGAGCCCACAUCCGGACUGGACAGCUUCACAGCACACAACCUGGUGAUCACACUGUCGCGCCUCGCACGGGGAAACCGUCUGGUCCUGCUUUCAGUCCACCAGCCUCGAUCAGAUAUCUUCCAGCUCUUCGACCUUGUCGUCCUGCUGUCGUCUGGUUCAGCUGUUUACUGUGGCGCUGCUCGUGACAUGGUUCCGUACUUCACGGCGCUGGGAUUCCCCUGCCCAAGAUACUGUAACCCCUCUGACUUCUAUGUUGAUCUGAUCAGUGUAGACCGCCGCAGCCCAGAGCAAGAGGCUGAGUGCUUGGAGCGGGUCAGAAUUCUGGCUGGGCAGUUCAUGGAAAAGGUCAGAGACACAGACAACUACGUGUGGAAACCAGCCGAGGCCAACACAGCACCAACACAAACUGAAAGCCCCGAGCAGCCCAGCAAGGCAGAAGGGGCGGAAGUCAUCACUAUUUCCAAGCAAAGAAACAGACUGCCUGGCAGACUUCACCAAUUUACCAUCCUUAUCAGGCGUCACAUGUACAAUGACUUCAGAGACCUUGUCACCUUACUGGUCCACGGCUUGGAGGCCCUACUCAUGUCACUGCUGGUCGGUUGUCUGUACUACGGGGCGGGAGAAGAGCGUCUGUCCAUUCAGGACACAGUUGCCCUCCUCUACAUGAUUGGAGCUCUCACCCCGUUUGCUGUGGUGCUGGACGUCAUAGCUAAAUGUCACACAGAGAGAGCCAUGCUCUACCACGAGCUGGAGGACGGCAUGUACUCUGUCACCUCCUACUUCUUCGCCAAGAUCCUGGGGGAGUUACCAGAGCACUGUGUGUUCACCUUGGUCUAUGGUGUGCCCAUCUACUGGCUGGCCGGACUUAACGAGGCUCCGGACCGUUUCCUGCUCAACUUCCUGCUGGUGUGGCUGAUGGUUUACUGCAGCCGAGCCAUGGCUCUGUUCGUGGCUGCGGCCCUGCCCACCCUGCAGACCUCAGCCUUCAUGGGCAACUCCUUGUUCACCGUGUUCUAUUUGACCGGAGGAUUUGUCAUCAGCGUUGAGAAUAUGUGGCUCGUGGCCUCGUGGCUCUCUCACGCCUCCUUCAUGCGUUGGGGUUUCGAGGGCAUGCUGCAGGUGCAGUUCAGAGGAAACAAGUACAACGUCAGCAUCGGAAACAUCGCCAUCAACGUUGACGGCAUAUAUGUGGUGGAGGCCAUGAACAUGAACCAGUACCCUCUGUACUUGUGCUAUUUGGUCCUGCUGGCAGUCUGUCUGGGCUUCAUGGGCCUCUAUUACUUGUCCCUAAAAUUCAUCAAACAGAAGUCUAGUCAGGACUGGUGAACAUGUGGACGAGUCUCAGCAAUCAGACCACACCCCAUCGGAAAUCACACACAAGCUCAGGAGAGCGUGUGACCGUGGGAAGCGCUUCACCUCAUUGCAGCAGUGGAAGUAACUUGGGUGCUAGUUCGCUGGUUCGACACUGAGCCUCCUGCCAUUGAUUUGACUUUAUAGUGAGAAAGAGCUUGAUUCUGGAAAAAAGAGUACAAUUUAUGGAAAAAUGUGUUUUUUAGAAUGUUUUUAUUUUCACAGUAAUUUCAACAUCAAGAACUCCUGUACUCUCAGACUGUAAAAAAUAUUGAUGUCUGAAGUAAUUCCUGAAGCAUGACUGAUAUUCAAGUCAUCACAAACAAUCUCAGCAUACUGUAUACCCAGUGUUUACUGUUAAAAUAUCGAAAUCUUUCUUUUCUGUUGGGCACAGGAGCAUUUGUUGCAGUACCACUGUGUGCUACUGGAUGGCAACAGAGCACUGCAGUAAGACCAAAGUUAAAAUGAUUUAAUUAUUGGUUUUCCUCUCCCUCUCUUCUCUGUCUUGGCAAAUGAUUAGAGUGCCACUUUGGCAGAUAUCCAUCUGAAGCUUGUUCCAUGUUCAAUCUAUCUUUUUUUGUAUGUGUAAGGUUAUUAAGCGUAACGAUGUGUGUGCCAGCAUAGGGAGCACUGGAAAGAAGACUAGUAGAGAUUUGUAAGUCACACUUGCAAAAAAAGAGCUUGUACUUGUUGUUUCCUCAUAGAUUGAAGAUUAUGUAAACUGUGGGUUUUUGCACUGGUGUAAAAGCUUGAUAAAUAUUUUACCGACAUGGUUUUAGUCCAAAUUAGUAUUAAAUCAAAUUGCUUACCCUU